AUGGACAACAAAACGUUUGUGUCGGACUCUCUCAUCCGUUUGACCGGUGCCUCUGAUCCAAUUGCUGUUGAUUUUGUCCUCGCAGAAGCCUCUUCUGCCAAAUCUGCGUCCUCCCUCGAGGACAAGCUGGUGUCCUUCCUCGAUGGCAGCCCGGAUGAGAUUGGCGCAUUUUGCGCCCAGCUGUUCUCCCGCGUGGGAAAGGCUAGCCGCCCGUCUCAUGCCACAGCGUCCAAAAGUACAGCGAGCAAGGAGUCCACAAAGAAGAAAUAUAGGAUGGUGGAUAUGGGCGAAGACUCCGGUUCCUCAUUAGGACCUGUCAACGUGGAGGUGGAGCGCGACAGACAGCGACGCCGUGAUAAAGAGAGAGAUAGCGACCGGGACCGCGAGCGAACCAAACGAGAAGAUGAUACCCGAAAACGAGAUCGUAGUCGCGAUGCGGAAAGUCGGGACCGCCCACGCUCGAAGAAAUUACGGAAGCGGGAUUCGCAGGACUUCGACAACCGAUGGGGCGACGAGGAGAUCCCCGAGGAUGAAGUGUACGCCGACGAGGACGAGUUCAAAGAUUCACCAUCGAAACGGACCAGACUUGAAGAUGGGUUUGCCUCUCCACAACCAGUCUCGCCCGAUGACGAUAUCGACCCCCAGACCAAGCAGGAAAUGAAUCGUCAAAAGGAUCUCCGUGAGAGAGACGAAUUCGCGAAGCGACUGGCUGAGAAGGAUGGUCUCAAGUCAAAGAAGAUUGUGGAGGACCGAACGCGCGACGGUGAAGCUGCUCGGCGUCGCGCGUUGGGAGAUGAUGCCAGUGCGCGGGCUGCUAUGAUGCCAGAUCUGCGAAUGCGUUCUCGACAAGAAUAUCUGAAGAAGCGUGAGACAGAGCGACUUGCCCUGCUGCGCCGCCAAGUUGCGGAAGAAAGUGCCGAAUUACGCGAGAAUCCAAACCUGACGCGCCGAGAGAAAGAGGAAUUUGCUCGUAACCGAGAAGUUCUCCGGAUUGCCGAGGAGCGACUCAAGAUUGAUGACCACCGCGAUGGUUACAUGAUGCCGGAAGACUAUAUUACGGAAAAGGGCAAGAUCGAUCGGAAGAAGAAGGAGGAGGCGCUCUAUAAACGUUACGUGGACCGGGACGAAACUGGCCAAGAGCGGUUUGUCACCGAACACGAGGAAUGGGAGCUCGAACAGUCCGCCAAAGCCAAAGCGCAAAUCCAGAAGGCUGAGUUUGUUGACGAAGGAGAUUAUGAAUAUGUUUUCGACGAUUCACAGCAAAUUAACUUCGUGAUGGAUGCCAAGUUGGAGGGUACGCAGAAACCCAUGACCCAGCAGCAAUUGCGAUUCAAAGAGCAAGUCGAUGCGGCCGAGAAGAAAGCUGCAACCAUGGAAGAGACUCGUAAGAGCCUGCCGAUUUACCAGUUCCGGGAUCAGAUUAUUCAGGCUGUGCAUGACCACCAGGUGCUCAUUAUCGUCGGCGAGACAGGUUCUGGUAAAACAACCCAGAUUCCACAGUACCUCCAUGAGGCAGGGUACACCAAGGAUGGGUUGAAAAUUGGCUGUACUCAGCCGCGACGAGUGGCUGCUAUGAGUGUUGCUGCUCGUGUGGCCGAGGAAAUGGGCGUCAAAAUUGGAAACGAAGUCGGCUAUGCUAUUCGUUUCGAAGAUAAUACGAGCGACAAGACGAUAUUAAAAUAUAUGACUGACGGCAUGCUUCUGCGAGAAUUGCUCACGGAGCCUGAUCUCGGCCAAUACUCAGCACUGAUGAUCGACGAGGCCCACGAGCGGACAGUUCCAACAGACAUUGCCUGUGGUCUUCUGAAGGAUAUUGCCAAGGCGCGGCCUGAUCUGAAGCUGCUGAUCUCGUCCGCGACGAUGGAUGCGCAAAAAUUCCAGAAGUACUUUGACGAUGCACCGAUUUUCAACAUUCCCGGUCGACGAUACCCUGUGGAUGUGCAUUAUACCUCACAGCCUGAAGCCAACUAUUUGGCCGCCGCGAUUACCACUGUGUUCCAGAUUCACGUCACCCAAGGAACAGGCGAUAUCCUCGUCUUCCUGACUGGCCAGGAGGAAAUCGAAGCGGCGGAGCAGAGUUUACAAGAAACUGCCCGAAAACUAGGGAGUAAAAUACCGGAAAUGAUUAUAUGCCCAAUCUACGCCAAUCUACCCAGUGAAUUACAGACCAAAAUCUUCGAACCCACCCCGCCAAAGGCCCGCAAAGUGGUGCUGGCCACCAAUAUUGCCGAGACGAGUUUGACUAUCGACGGCAUCGUCUAUGUGAUUGACCCUGGAUUUGUUAAAGAAAAUGUGUUUAACCCGCGCACAGGCAUGGAAAGCCUGGUCGUGACCCCAUGCUCCCGAGCGUCCGCUAACCAGCGUGCUGGUCGUGCUGGACGUGUCGGCCCCGGUAAAUGCUUCCGGCUCUACACGAAAUGGGCAUACUACAAUGAACUGGAAGAGAACACCACUCCUGAGAUUCAGCGCACCAACCUUAACAGUGUCAUCUUGAUGUUGAAAUCACUGGGCAUUGACCAGCUGCUCGAUUUUGAUUUCAUGGACCCACCACCCGCCGAAACGAUCAUUCGAGCGUUGGAGCAACUGUACGCACUGGGAGCCCUCAAUGACCGAGGUGAUCUCACCAAGGUUGGUCGUCAAAUGGCUGAGUUUCCGACCGAUCCGAUGCUGGCCAAGGCCAUUCUUGCCGCCGGUCAGUAUGGCUGUGUUGAAGAGGUGCUCUCCAUCGUCUCGAUGCUGGGCGAGGCGAGCGCUCUCUUUUUCCGCCCGAAAGACAAGAAGAUUCACGCAGACAGCGCCCGGAAUCGAUUUACCGUCAAGGACGGCGGUGAUCACGCGACUCUUCUCAACAUUUGGAACCAGUGGGUUGACUCAGAUUUCAGUGUCGUGUGGGCGAAGGAGAAUUUCCUGCAACAGCGGAGUCUCACUCGGGCCCGCGACGUCCGCGACCAGCUGGCCAAGCUGUGCGACCGCGUCGAAGUGUGUAUUAGCACCUGUGGCUCGAAUAACCUGAUCCCCAUCCAGAAAGCCAUCACCUCUGGGUUUUUCCCCAACGCCGCCCGUCUGCAGCGUGGCGGCGACAGCUACCGCACGAUCAAGAAUGGGCAGUCGGUGUACCUACACCCUUCCAGCACCCUGUUCGAGGUUAACCCAAGGUGGGUGAUCUACUUUGAAUUGGUGCUGACCAGCAAGGAGUACAUGCGCAGCAACAUGCCACUGCAGGCCGAGUGGCUUGUCGAAGUGGCACCGCACUACUACAAGAAGAAGGAUUUGGAGUCGUUAGGAUUGGAUCGCAAAGUGCCUAAAGGGACUGGCGCUGUAGGAGAAAAGAGCCGGGGUUAG